GGGACUUCCGUAGUUCAGUAGAAACAUGGCGUCGGAUGCAGACAGCGACGAGGACUUUGUGACUUACGGAGUUCCUCUGGAGCCUCUGGAUGAAGACGAGCCCCGGAAGAAGCCCGUCCCGCUGCACGAGCAGACGGUGAAGGACGAGAAGGGUCGGUACCAGAGGUUCCACGGAGCGUUCACUGGCGGCUUCUCCGCCGGUUAUUUCAACACUGUGGGCACCAAAGAAGGCUGGGCCCCGUCAACCUUUGUGUCGUCACGGCAACAGAAAGCUGAGAAACAUAAUGCCAGACCUCAAGAUUUCAUGGACGAGGAGGACUUCGGCGAGCACGGCAUCGCCCCCUCAGAGAUCAGCACCAGUCAAGAGUUCACGUCCAGUCGCAGAGACGCCACCAGAGAGAAGGCGAGAGCCGUCAGCGCUCAGGCCGCUGUGAUCCCUGGAGACACGCUGUUGGAGGAGCUCAUCGCACCGGCCAGGUCGUCCAUCGGGGUGGAGUUGCUGAAGAGGAUGGGCUGGAAGGAGGGUCAGGGUGUCGGGCCUCGUGUGAAGAGGAAAGCUGGCCGACAGCAGACUGGAAGCCGACUGUACGGAUGUGUGCUGCCCCCUGCUGGAUCAGAGGACUCAGAGGGGGAGGAUGAGGAUGAGUUUGCUCCAGAGGACGUUACCUUUGCCCCCAAAGAUGUGACUCCGGUGGACUUCAACCCCAGGCUGGGGGUCCAGGGUUUGGGGUACCGCAGUCUGGAUCCGGGACUGGCACUGAUGGGCCGCAGAGACCCCGAACACAUGGACCUGUUCAGGCCUCAGUCUGAGACCAGGAGCCGCCUGUUCGGAGACAAGAGAGGCUGCAGGAGAGGAGGCGUGGCCGGACAGGCGUUUGGGGUGGGGGCCCUGGAGGAUGAUGAUGACGAAGAGGUCUACCACAGAGACUCCCUGUCCAGAUACGACACGGUGCUGGGGGGGGAAGAGCCUGGAGAUGGACUGUACGGCUGGACUGCUCCCCAGCAGUACACCAAGAAAAGAGACAAAAGCAAAGAUGCGUCGUACCUCGGUAAGAUCCUGGAGGGAUUCACUCUGGCCCAAAACCCAGCUGAGGACCACCCGAUCUUCCCUCCCCCCUCUCUGCCCAGAGACUACCGUCCCGUCCACCGUUUUCGUCCGACCCUCGAUGCUUCGGCCCUUUCCGGGGUCAGUCCUGCGCUGGCUGAAGCUCUGAGGGUCUCCAAGGGCCACAUGGUCCCGGAGGAGCCCGAGCACGGAGGACGCCACCAGCUGGACUCUGGACAGAGGAGGACGCUGCUGGGAGAAGACGCCCUGCAAGGUCCCAGUUCAGUCAUGGAGCUGCUGAAGCCUGAGGACAGACAGCGACUCCUCAGCAUGCGCAGCUCUUCUAACACGUCCUCCACCAAAACCUCCCAGGAUGCCAUGCCGUUGUGGGCAGGGCCUCCGGCGGAGGGAGGCGCGGCCUCCGAAGACCUCCGGCAGCAGCAAGAGGCUCUGACGGUGUGGACAGGAGUCCAGACCUCCUCUCAGACCUUUAGACCGUUUGAGCAGAACCCCAGCAAACAAGCCCGCUACGAGCUGUACCUGAACCGCCUGAAACAGGGAGACAGAGGUGGUCUGGAGCAGAGUCUGGACCCGGGGAUGACGGAGUGGGAGCGCAGCAGGGAGAGGGACGAGUUCGUCAGGGCCUCCAUCCUCUACAGACCCUCCUCCUCCACCCUCACCUCCCGCUUCACCAGAGCCCAGGGCCAGGAGGCCGAGGCCGGCCUGGAGGCCAGCCGGGACCAGGAGGGCGACGUGGACGACAAACAGGCCGCUGUAAACAUGAAGCUGUUCGGUAAACUGACCAGAGAAACAUUUGAGUGGCAUCCAGAUAAACUGCUCUGCAAGAGGUUCAACAUUCCAGACCCCUAUACCAGCUCAGGUUUGGUCGGUUUGCUCAAAGUGAAGAGAGACAAGUUCUCAGUGUUCAACUUCCUGACUGUGACGGAGCGGCCAGCUCCUCUCAAGGCUCCAGAGGCUGGGAAGAGGUCCAGGUGGGAUGUUUCAGAGCAGAAGGAGGAGCAGGAGGACCCGCUGACUGAACUCCUUGUUACUGCAAGAAACCAAACUGAGAUCAAAGUGGAGCCGCCUCCCUCACCCUCCUCACCCUCCUCUUCCUCCUCCACCAAGAGGAAGACAGAGGAGGAGGAGGAGGAGGAGGUGCAGGAGGAGAACCGUCCUCCCAUGGAUCUAUUCAAGGCCAUCUUCUGCUCCUCUGAUGACAAGUCGUCCUCUUCAUCAGAGGGAGAGAGCAACGAAGAGGAGGAGGAGGACUCAAAGGAGGACCAGGUCCACCCACAACCACUGAACCUCUUCAGAAUCGUCUCUUCCCCCGGCACCUCCUCCCAGCAGAAAGUUUCUCCUUCAGCUCAGAACUCCACUCAAGAAGAAAAAGAUGAGGAGUUUGGUCCAAAGCUUCCUCCUCCGUCAGCUGCUCUCACCACAGGAGGCUCCACCUCCCGUGAGGAGGAGAACCCCGGCAGGAGGAGCAGAGAGAAGAAACACAAGAGCAAGAAGCAGCACAAGAAGGAGAAGAAGGAGAAGAAGGAGAAGAAGAAGAAGAAGCAGAAGAAGCACAAAGCCAAGCAGCAGAAGAAGAACAAGGAGGAGGUGGAGGUGUCCACACAGGAGCUGCUCAGGAGACUGAGAAGCGUCCAGUCUCGUGAGACCUGGUGAAGAAGUGUCCUCUAUGAGGACUUCUGUCCUCCACACUUGCGUCCUUCUCCACUCCAGAUCAGCUGUGGUUGUUGUUGUUGUUGUUUGUAAUAAUAAAAUAUUUUUCAUUUGA